UGAACCAGCCCCCCUCUGCAGCGCUGCUCUAAAAUAAAAAUAUCUCCUGCCUGCUCCGCUCCACUCCCUGCUAAACUUACUCCAGGGGCAAGGUGGGGCACCUGAAGCCAGAAAGAGAAGCCGAGCCGCCCCCCAGACGGCCACCGGACAGACAGACGGAUGCAUUAGGGAGGGGAGCUGCCACCCCACCACCCUUCCUGGCUUUUUUCCCCCCUUUUCCUCCCUCUUGACACCCCAUUUAGCAGUGCCAGCCGCUGGAUCCUGAGAGGGUCGCCCGGCUCCGGGGGGCUGCUGCGCUCGGCCGCUCGCUGCUCAAGGUCAACGUUUGCUUCCCCCCAGGCUGCCGGGGCGGUGAUCUGCAGCGAUGGGGGUUAAAGCAAAGCUCCCCAGCUACGAGCUGGGGUUUUAUGCUCUCACCUUGACGUGCGCUGUGGUGUACAGCGGGAGCGGGAUCUUUGAAGCCUCAAGAGACAGCAUGAACAGAAAGACCUUCCGCGAUGGCAUAAAACCAGGCUGGCAUUACUUCGGUAGGAAGAUGGACGUAGCUGAUUUCGAGUGGGUGAUGUGGUUCACCUCGUUCAGGAACUUCAUCAUCUUUGCCCUUUCGGGGCACGUCCUGUUCGCCAAGAUCUGCUCCAUGAUCAUGCCACAGCACCGGGCCGUGGUGUACAUGCUGUACGGGCUCCUGGCUGUGCUGGGCAGCAUGGGGCUCGUCUACCUCAUGAUCAUCCUCUCCCACUGCAUCAUCCUCUACUCCGUCUCGCUGGUGAAGCAGAAAUGGCUCUGCCAUGUGGCCGGGCUCUGCUGCCUCGCGUCCUUCAAGGUGGAGCCCUUCAGCUCUUGGCAGAGUGGGUUUGUAACAGGAGCUUUUGAUCUUCAAGAUGUCCUCUUCUAUGGGGGAAGUGGCUUCACCAUCAUGCGCUGCAUCAGCUUCGCACUCGAGAGCUGCGAGAGAAAGGAGGGCAUCUACUCCAUCUUCGACCUCCUCAAAUACAACUUCUACCUUCCCUUCUUUUUCUUCGGGCCCAUCAUGACAUUUGACCAGUUCUAUGCUCAGGUGAGCACCCAAGAGCUGAGGCGCAAAGAUGAUGAGAUGAGGAAGAUCCGGGUCCAGGCCCUCCUCCACGUGGGGGUCAUCGUCGCUGUGGACAUAUUCUUCCACUUCUUCUACAUCCUGACCCUCCCUUCCGACCUGAAGUUUGUGAACCGCCUCUCGGACUGGUCCUUAGCUGGCCUGGCCUACUCCAAUUUGGUGUAUGACUGGGUGAAAGCUGCUGUCAUGUUUGGAGUCAUCAACACCAUCGCCCGAUUGGACCACCUGGACCCACCACAGCCCCCAAAAUGCAUCACCAUGCUCUAUGUCUUUGCAGAAACGCACUUUGACAGAGGUAUUAAUGACUGGCUAUGCAAGUAUGUGUAUGAUCACAUCGGGGAGAACCAUGAUAACGUUGUGAAGGAGCUCAUGGCCACUAUCUCCACCUUUGCCAUCACCACCCUGUGGCUGGGGCCCUGUGAGAUUGUUUACGUCUGGUCCAUCUUCAACUGCUUUGGCCUCAACUUUGAGCUAUGGGUGCAGAAGUUCUUCCAGCGGGAACCCUUUGCCAAAAUGGAGGCCAAAAUGUCAGAGGCCAUGUCUCGGCGGAUUAGGGCAGUCUUUGGGGCAGCAAAUUUCUGGGCCAUCGUCCUCUACAACAUCCUGGCCCUCAACAGCCUGGAAUUCGCGCUGCUGGUCACCAAGAGACUCCUCCUGAUAGGUUUCCCUGUCAGCACCUUGUCCAUCUGGUUCAUCACGUACUGUGGAGUGCAGCUGAUCAAAGAGCGUGAGCGUGUCCUGGCCAUCGAGGAGGAGAAGCAUGACAAAGCAAAGAAAGAGUAAAGAAAAACAUCGGUGGGCCUACCCCAAAACCUCAGCUCCCCUCCAACCACCUUUGUCAGGCCAGUCACUGACGGGCUCUCCAAGCACUCCUGGCAGUCAAACUACUGUAGCUCACCCACAUGUAAGGCACCUGGAAGGUGCACUUUCUUGCUGCAGUAAUGAUUUUCUAUAAGACAUCUGGGGGUGUUAUGCAGGCUAUCCAUGGGUGGCAGACUGCUGAGGUAGGCUCCCGAUCCAUUUCUUUAAGGCCAAAAAGAGCCAUCCUCAUCAUUUAUCUGACCCUCUGACAUAUUAUAGGCCUAGAGAUUUCACUCCUUGGUUUCCAUAACAUCUGGUCCACUAGAGCAUUUGGCUCUCUCACAAGACUAUGUCUCCCAGAGACUAUCCAAGUCCCACUCCUGAAGGUUUUAGGGUGUGCUAGGCAUGCAGCUAUGAGAAAGGGAUUGGCUAAUGCUGAGCCUGCUCUGAGCAGACCCUCUUCAGGUCAUUUCCAGCCCAAGCAUAACACAUUUCUUUCUACAAGAAAUAGUCAACAUCCACUGUCAAGUGUUCAACAUCUAUACUGUGUAGUAAGGACUGUAAAAUGGCUCAGCACGAUAUAUGCCUACCAUGCGGCUAAUAAAUAAAUAAAACAGUCUUUAUAGCAAAGGAAAAGAGGGCUAGGAAUUGCACACUGAAGAGUAAUUAUCUCCCCUCCACUGUCAGCCACGCAGAGUGAUGUCUGCUACGGUCUCAAACCCUCUGCAGAACUGGUCCCUUCAGUUCUACAUGUCUUGAAAAAAUGAUUUAAUGCCGUUCUCAUGCCUAAUUAAUGAAAGCGUGGGAGGCAUACCUGCUUCACAGCCAGAGAACGUCAGGUACCAGUCGCCUGUGGAAUGAGCACACUGAAGAAGCACAAUGCAAGACUCUCACAUUACGGCUCGAUCCCCAGGCCCUGACUCAGACCCAAAGGGCACUCCACCGAGGGAUGUGAGACUGAUGUGGCCACCGCUACCGUCUUGCUGUGAUUUAUGCCCUGGAAUUCAAACCCAAUCUCAUCCCUGUUUUCUCUGUGCCAUGGAAGAAGAUUUAAGCUUGAAUUCCUACCCGUUGCUGAGAAACAGAGGACUUUUUAACCAGCCCUUGCUAUCUCCAGCCAUCCAGCCCUUUGCUCAGCUGAUUUUGGUGAACGCAGCAUAAGCCCGUAACUGCACGUCUGAAAGAGCACAUACACACAUUCAACCAAAGGAGAAAGACCCUGAGUGAAAGACAAUGAUUUGGAGCUCGGUAGGAGAGGGAAAUUGUUUGCUAGCAUACUUUGAGAAGUAGACUUUGGGACACUGUAUAUGGAGUGCAUUAAAUGUACCCGUUUGAGACACAGUGUCUCAUGGGAAAGAUAAGUGAAAUAUCCCUGGGUUUCUUGUAACUUUGGAGUAACAUAAGCAGCCUCGUGUCUGAAUCAUGUCAAUGCUUGGUGAGGGCAGGAUCUGGACCACUUUGCAACCUGGAUGGGGACGCUUGGUGUUGGUGUGUUCUAGUUUCCCUGUGGAUAAAACAGGAAUUGUUCUUAGCCAGCUUUCAGCUAUGCCAAAGUGCUUUAUGAAGUCCCUUAUAUAUGUCAUUUAUUUAUGUAGUAAAUAAAUGUUGGACACCUA